CCCUGUGAUUAUCUUAUUUGUGGAUGUGUUUUCUCUCAGGUAAGUCAAUAACAUCUCGGGACUGGGACGUUGAGUUUUCUGGGCACCGCUGGCUAGUCCCAAAAUGGAACAUAAGGAAGUGCUGCUUCUACUUCUUUUAUUUCUGAAAUCAGGUCGCGGAGACCCCCUGGAUGACUACGUGAACACGCAGGGGGCGUCCGUGCUCAGCUUCACGAAGAAGCAGCUGUGGGCGGGAAGCAUACAGGACUGUGCGGCGAAGUGUGAGGAGGAGACCGAGUUCAUUUGCAGGUCAUUCCAGUAUCACAGCAAAGAGCAACAGUGUGUGAUCAUGGCUGAAAACAGCAAGUCGUCUGCAAUCUUAAGGAUGAGAGAUGUGGUUUUAUUCGAAAAGAAAAUCUAUCUUUCAGAGUGCAAGACUGGAAAUGGGAAGACCUACAGGGGGACGAUGUCCAAAACGAAGGAUGGCGUUACCUGUCAAAAAUGGAGUGACGAUUCUCCACACAAACCAAACUUUACGCCCCAGAAGUACCCCACGGAGGGGCUGGAGGAGAACUACUGCAGGAACCCCGACAACGACGAGAAGGGGCCCUGGUGCUACACCACAGACCCAGACAAGAGGUUCGACUACUGCAACAUUCCAGAGUGUGAAGAGGAGUGCAUGCAUUGCAGUGGGGAAAAUUACGAGGGCAAGAUUUCCAAGACCAUGUCUGGACUCAAGUGCCAAGCCUGGAACUCCCAAACCCCCCAUGCUCAUGGAUAUAUUCCUUCCAAAUUUCCGAACAAGAACUUGAAGAUGAAUUACUGCCGCAACCCUGAUGGGGAGCCCCGCCCGUGGUGUUUCACCACGGAUCCCAACAAACGCUGGGAGUUCUGUGACAUCCCGCGCUGCACGACACCGCCACCCUCCUCUGGCCCAACAUAUCAGUGUCUGAAGGGCAGAGGGGAGAGCUACCGGGGGACGGUGUCCGUCACUGUAUCUGGACAUACAUGUCAGCGCUGGAGUGAACAGACCCCUCACAAGCACAACAGGACCCCGGAAAACUUCCCUUGCAAUGGCUUGACCAUGAACUACUGCAGAAAUCCAGACGGUGACAAAAGCCCCUGGUGUUACACCACUGACCCAUCUGUCCGCUGGGAGUUCUGUAACUUGAAAAAGUGCUUAGACACAGAAGAGAGUGACACCAACUCCCCGACGGUGCCCCAAGCUCCGAGUGGAAAUGACCCUUCUGAGUCAGACUGCAUGUUUGGAAACGGCAAAGGGUACCGGGGCAAGAAGGCUACCACGGUUCUGGACGUCCCCUGCCAGGAGUGGGCUGCCCAGGAGCCCCACAGACACAAUAUUUUCACUCCGGAAACAAACCCACGGGCAGGUCUGGAGAAAAAUUACUGCCGUAAUCCUGAUGGUGAUGUCAAUGGUCCUUGGUGCUACACGAUGAAUCCGAGCAAGCUUUUUGACUACUGUGAUAUCCCUCAGUGUGCAUCUGGUUCAUUCGAUUGCGGGAAGCCCCAGGUGGAGCCAAAGAAAUGUCCUGGAAGGGUUGUCGGUGGGUGCGUGGCCAACCCACAUUCCUGGCCCUGGCAAAUCAGCCUUAGAACAAGAUUUGGAAAGCACUUCUGUGGAGGGACUUUAAUAUCCCCAGAGUGGGUGCUGACGGCUGCCCACUGCCUGGAGAGAUCCUCAAGGCCUGCCUCAUACAAGAUCAUCCUGGGCGCACACCGAGAACUCAAUCUCGAAUCAGACGUGCAGGAGAUAGAGGCAUCCAAGCUGUUCCUGGAGCCCACGCGUGCGGACAUCGCCUUGAUAAAGCUGAGCAGCCCCGCCGUCAUCACCUCAAAGGUGAUCCCAGCUUGUCUGCCAUCUGCCAAUUACGUGGUUGCCGACCGGACGUUGUGCUACAUCACUGGCUGGGGAGAAACCCAAGGCACCUUUGGCGCGGGGCUCCUCAAGGAAGCGCAGCUGCCUGUGAUUGAGAACAAGGUGUGCAAUCGCUAUGAGUAUCUGAACGGAAGAGUCAAAUCGACAGAGCUCUGUGCUGGGAAUCUGGCUGGAGGCACCGACAGUUGUCAGGGUGACAGUGGAGGGCCUCUGGUUUGCUUUGAGAAGGACAAGUACAUUUUACAAGGAGUCACUUCGUGGGGUCUUGGCUGUGCCCGCCCCAAUAAGCCUGGUGUCUAUGUUCGUGUGUCAAGGUUUGUUACUUGGAUUGAAGGAAUAAUGAGAAAUAAUUAAGUGAAUGGGAGACAGAGUGAUUCCCUGACAUAUCUAGAAGCUGGAACACGGGUAGGGAAGUCGGCAUGCUCAGAAAUCAUUGACCGUAAUCAAACUAAGACACUGUACUUGGGCCAUCCACUGCCAAACCUCAAGGUAUUUUAGUAUUGUUGUGGAUAAGUUUUCCCCGCCCGUGGACUGUUGCAUCCUGUAAUAAUAAAGUAACACAUCUAUAACAUUUGUUGAAAAUAAACUCUGUCCUUCCUUUGAUUUAA